AUGGGUCUCAAAAGCUUCUUCCAGAAAUUCCAAAAACGGCCGGAGGAGAUCUAUGGCGACACCGCGCUUAGAGAAUCGGUCUCUACGGCGGACCACGAGAAAGGCCCUAGCGAUAUGGUCGAUACACCUAUCCCGUUGUUGACAUGGCGCUCCGCCAUAAUGGGCCUGUUUGUCUCCAUGGGCGGCUUUCUGUUCGGCUAUGAUACCGGUCAAAUCUCUGGUUUCUUGGAGAUGGAGAACUUCCUGCGACGAUAUGGUCAAUUGGGUUCUGAUGGGACCUACCACUUUAGCAACGCACGGUCGGGUCUUAUUGUUGGUUUGUUAUCUAUCGGUACUUUGAUUGGUGCAUUGAUUGCCGCCCCGAUCGCGGAUCGUGUGGGACGAAAAUGGUCCAUAAGUGGCUGGUGUGUGAUUGUCUGCAUCGGUAUUACGGUGCAGAUUUCCUCACCUACUGGGAAAUGGUAUCAAAUUGCUAUGGGCCGUUGGGUGGCAGGCCUAGGUGUCGGUGCACUGUCUUUGCUGGUCCCCAUGUACCAGGCCGAGUCAGGACCGAGACACAUUCGAGGGUCUUUGAUUAGCACCUACCAGUUGUUCAUCACGCUCGGUAUCUUCGUCGCCAACUGCAUCAACUUCGGAACCGAAACUAAUACCAACACUUCAUCAUGGCGCAUUCCCAUGGGUAUAACCUACCUUUGGGCCAUAGUUCUCGGGUUCGGAAUGGCCCUCUUCCCCGAAAGUCCCCGCUACGACUACCGCAACAACAAAGUGGACAAGGCCAUCGAUACCCUCUCUAAGAUUUACGGCAUUCCCCGUAACCACCGCGCUCUCCUCAUCGAAUUCAACGAGAUCAAAGAAAAGUACGAUGAAGAAGUCCGCAAUGGCCAAGUUACUUGGAUACAGCUCUUCCGCUCCCCGACAAUGGGGUACCGCGUGGCUGUCGGUAUGGCUCUACAAGCACUGCAGCAGCUGACCGGUGCCAACUACUUUUUCUACUACGGAACCACCGUAUUCAACGGUGCCGGUAUCCACAACAGCUACGUCACGCAGAUGAUCCUCGGCGGGGUCAAUUUUGGAUCCACGUUCCUUGGUUUGUACCUGGUUGAACACUAUGGUCGCCGUCGCUCUCUUAUUGCAGGCGCACUGUGGAUGUUCGUCUGCUUUAUGGUCUUCGCUUCUGUGGGUCAUUUCUCCCUUGAUCGUGUUGACCCUGAAAGAACACACUCCGCCGGCGUGGCCAUGGUCGUCUUCGCUUGUCUGUUCAUUCUGGCCUUUGCCAGUACUUGGGGCCCGAUGGUGUGGACCAUCAUCGCCGAGCUGUAUCCCUCGCAGUACCGUGCGCGCGCCAUGUCGCUUGCCACCGCCUCCAACUGGCUGUGGAACUUCUUGCUGGCAUUCUUCACACCUUUCAUCGUCAGCGCCAUCGACUUCCGCUUUGGCUAUGUCUUUGCGGGUUGCUUGUUCCUUGCGGCCGGUCUGGUCUAUUUCGCUGUGAUCGAGGGCCAGGGCCGGACACUCGAGGAGAUUGAUACGAUGUAUCUCAUGCACGUCAAGCCGUGGAAAAGCUCCAAGUUUGUAUUCCCGGCCGAUCCCAACGUUAUUCGGGGGUCUUUUGAUAAGGGGCAGGGUGCAUCAGCUCACAUUGCGGACCCCACCGGUGGUGUGCAGGAGGAUGUCCCCACUAUACCGGAGAGCCGCGGAGGCAUAAAUAGUUAA